CCGGAAUGGCUGAUCUCGGUGCGACGCCUUCCUGUCAUAAGCUACUCGUCAAUCUGAACCCCCAGGAAGGACGCAUUCCCUCUUAUUGUUGUGCGACACUCGAGGUUGCAUGCACUAACGUCUAGUCUUGAGAGGCUUUACAAGAUCACACGACGAGUCCGAAACGAGUCUGUGAUUGUCCGCGGCAAUGAAGACGUUCUCUUUUCCUAGACCUGAGCGUCCAGCUCAACGACGAUGUCCUCGUCCUCCAAGAGACCUACUCCCUCUUGAGGCCAUACCGGAUGAUUCGAACCUCCCAUCCCUACCGUCCCCUCCACGGAAGUUCUCUGAUCCAUCGUACACAUUGACGACUCACCUAGUGCCUGUUGCUUUACCUCGAUCAACCCCGGAGGUUCCUCUCCCAGCGACUUCAGCGCGUGUUGCGACUGAUGCCGGUGCUGUGUCACUUGCGAAGGAGCUGAUUGCUAUAAGAGAUAGCUAUUGGGAUGGGGAGUUGAAUCUACCUAACAGCACGAAGCCGUUGUGGGCUUGUGUGAAUCGCUAUGUUAGACGGGACAUCAACAACGUGGACGGUGGCAAAGGCGUGACACUCGUACUCGCGCAUGCAAAUGGUUACCACAAGGAGAUCUGGGAACCUACUAUCGCCCACAUGAUCCGCGCACAGAAUAACUCGUCUUCCCAGGUCCAGAUCGACGAGGUAUGGUCUUGGGAACCGUGGAAUCAUGGCGACGCGUUCCUGAUCAACGAAAGAAACGCUGCUGCAUGCAUGUUCGAUGGCAGGGACAACGCCCGUGACAUACUGCAAUUUCUUUUGUACUAUCUACCGACACUGCCGUCUUCCGCACCGUUGCCGGUCCACCUCGAACGACUAUCAGAUGGCGUCGCUGCAAGUCGUAAGUCGCGCGGAUUCGAAGGCCGACAGCUGGUCGGCGUAGGCCACUCACUUGGAGGAUGUGCAAUCGCACGACUGGCAAUUGCGGAACCGAGAGUAUUUUCAUCAUUGAUCCUCGUAGAGGCGGGCGUUGUGGCUUACCCGGGCUCGGGACCUCUGGUCGACAAAAGGACAUUCCCUUAUCUUGUGUAUGCAAUCAAACGAAAGUCCCGGUGGCCAUCUCGAGAGCAAGCGAGUGCAGACCUGUCAACAUCGCCUUUCUUCUCUACUUGGGACUCGGCCGCAUUGUCCGUUUAUGUCGAAUGCGGCCUACGUGACGAUCCGCGAGGGGGAGUCACUUUGAAGAUGCCCAGCACCCAGGAGGCCAUGACCUACACGGAUAUGUUGACUAUGUACGAAACAUGGGACUUGAUUGAUGAUCUCGACGAGCGCGUCGAACUACGAUGGAUCCUUGCUGGGAAGAUUGGGAAGGGAGAGGAGUGGUUCAGAGAAACGACUUCGUGGCGACGGCCAGCCAACAGCUCCAACGUCGUAUUCUCCCAGGCAGGCCAUCUGAUUGUAAUGGAAGCACCUGAAGAGUUAGGCAAAGAAAUCUUCUCCUUCAUCGAGCACAAGUCCAACCCACUGCAUUCAAAACUUUGAUGUUGUUUAUCCGAAACACCGGCAAUGUGCGAUAUCUAUAUGACAAUGAAGUCAGCGUUACGACCUGGGACAAGCGCGAUUAGAAGAAAAGUCACAGGCUGAGCACACAGCGGGUGUGCUGAUGACGAACCAUCGUUGCGUCGGUACUUGUCUUCAAUACCGGUGGGUGGAGGCGGCCGACCUCCGUCCCAACCCU